AUGCAAAAUGACACCGAAUCAACAACAGAUACCAUCACUAUCGGUAAUUGUAGUAUCGCCAGCCCAAACCCUUUACAAGAAAUAGACACAAACACCAUGCGAUUUAAGACGUUCAGAGUUAAAAAAUCAUCUUCGAAAACCAUCGCUUCCUCAUCGUCGUCGUCGAAUCAAGAUGAAAAUGACGGAUCAAAUUACCGUCAACUGCUCGUGGUGAAAACUCCACAAAACUUGGAAGUCUCUCUUGAAGCAGAUAUCGCAAAAUUAGAAAAAUUGUACCGCCAAGAGCUUGUGAAAUCAUCUCAAUUGAAUAAUGAACGGGAAUUAUUGGAAGUUAAUUUGCUAUCAAAAGAGAAAAUCAUCCUCAGUCAACAGAAACAAAUCAAAACCACCCAAGAAUUGUUGAACAACUACAAGAAAAACAUCAAUGAUGAAUUGACAUUUUUUGAAAAUGAUUACAAGAUUUGGCUCGAAGAAAAACAAUCUUACGAAUCAAAAAUCAGUGCAUUGCAAAAAUUGCUUGCAAGAAAUGGCAUCGAAAUUACUAGACCUGAAUCAGUUCAUAGUCAAAAUAACCUUACCAACGAUAUCGAUGGCUUGUUAGAAGAAAAUAACGCCAUUAGAGCACAGAUCGAUUGUUUACAUAUGCAAAUCAAUUCACUUACCAACAAAAGUUCAAUCGAGUUACUGUUCAAGGAUAAUUUGAUGAUCGAAUUAGAAAAGUUAACUCAAGAGAAAGAGAGUUAUUUGGAAACCAUUGAGUCUUUAAAAGCAGAAUUGGAAGAGGCGACAAAACAAUUUACAGAUCUUAAUGAAAAUAUUUCUUUCCACCAAAUAUUCAACAACAAUAAUCACAAUGAUAUCCAAUCAAACUUUUCUUUCCAUUUGGAAGCUGAAUCAAAUCAUGGAAGUUAUUCCAGUGAGGUCAAAUUGAACCAUAAAUCCGAGGAAAAUAAAGAAAUGUCAAAUACUCUUGAUAAAGAAAUCAGCUCAUUCAACUCUACCGAAUACAGCAACAUCAGUACUGAAUUCAAAAACCUUGAGAAGCAGUAUAAAUCCCAAAAUAAUGUCUUGACCGAUGUCAAAUUCGAGUUGAAUAGCGCGAAACAAGAAAAUCAACAAUUAUUCUUCUUUAUCAACCAAUUGAUCAUUGAUAAUGAUAAUUUGCAAUCUGAAUUGUCUAAAUUCAACCAUCAAAUUGAAUUGCAGCAACCAUCGGAUCCAUUAACUGAUGUGUGCGAAAGAAACGCUGCCAUCAAGGACUUUAUCAAUUCGUCUAAAAAUGAUCAAAGUGAUAAUGACGCCAAACAUAAAAGUUCUCAAGAAGGAUCUGAUAAUCUUUUAACCAAACUCUGGAAUCGCAGCUCCAUUAAGGACAUCAAUAAUUUGAUCACCAAGAAUAAGAAGGUUUUGAUGAAGAAAAACAUGUUACGGGCUUCCUCAAUGAGCGCUACGGAGUCGAUAAAUAGUGAGCAUAGUAGUAGCUAUUCCCAUAAUCAACCACUCACACGAUCCAAAACUUCGAAUUUCCGGUACUUCAAGAAAAACAACCGGAUCAGCAGAAUCAUUUCCAAUAACAUUGAUUCUAAUUACUCUUUAAGGGAUGAUAAAAAGAAGAGAAACACUAUCAUUGGAGUGAUGAGACAUGACACUGCUUCUGAUGGUGUUGUGGAUGAAUGCAAUCAAGAAGCUGAUGAAAGUAUUGUUCUCAACUUGAAACCAUUGAAGAUCUCCAAGCACUCGCGCAAAAAUUCUGAUCUUGAAGAUUUGGAAAUUAUGCCUAAUAAUCAUGGUUCUGAUGCUGGAUCUAUAAGCAGUGCAAAGAUGUAUAAUGUCGACGAAGAUGUGGGAAAUGUGAGCUUGAAUGCCCUGAUUGAUUUGAAGAAUUUGCAAACUAGUAAAUUCAAUAGACGAAUUUUCUUGAACAAAGAAGUUUUUGGCAAUGACCUACAUGAACCAAUUCAAGAAAAGGAGGAAGGUACCACGGAAGAUAUGAUGAGUCUUAAAAGUGAAAUUUCUUUCGAAUCAUCAGCAGUCCCAGUGGAUGACUCCGUGAUUUACCAUGGAGAGAAUAUUAUUAGCCAGACUAUUGACAAUGAUGGUUUCGAAUUGGCGAUUCCCGAUGAUGAUGGUGAGAUCCACAAGAAGGAAAAUAUUUUGGAUGAUGUGAUUUUGGAAGAAAGCAGUAGUAUCAUGGAUGAUGAAAAUGGAGGUUCUCCAAGUUACUCUAAUGAUCUUUCCAUCAAUAUUUUAACCUCUUCUGAUAUCUAUGAUCAUGGUGACUUGAACUCCAAUGACUAUGAAGAGGAUGAAGAAAUAUCUCUUCUGGAAUCCGAUUAUGAGAAAUUGAAAUCGUUAAUGAAAGUCCAUGGGAUCCUGAACGGUAUGGGUGACCAGUAUUUGCACCUUCAAAGCUUGGAAGAACAGCCAAUAAUGAAAUUGUUAUUGGGGAACCAUACAGAAGGAAGAAUGUUGUUACCUUGGAAAGAAGAAGAUGAUGUUGAUUAG